UGAUGUUCUAAACUUGAUUGUGUCAUUCCUUUACAGGAGAGUGGGAAGGAAACUUUCGGCGGUUUUUGAUGAGAUCAUUUUUUUUUGUCCGAGCGGUGGGAAUUGUAUUUUGUAAGUGCGAAUUAUUCUGGGUUUAAUCCGUCGGCCUGUGAAACUGCGUCCAGUUCUUCCGAUCUGAGGCUGUAAAUUCAUAGCGAAGAGGAAGAUAUGGCGGACGAAGUCGCCGUAGCGGCGCCAGGCACAUCGGCGGCGGCUGCCGGCGUGGCCGAAGGCGAGCAGCAGCAACAAAAUGGCUUCUCCGUGUUUGGCAUGCUGAAAGGCUUGCUCAUUCGCGGAGUCAUCUUCUACAUUAUCGCCAACUUCUUCCGACGUCCGGCCCCACAAACAGGCGAUAAUCCGUCAUCCGUCGGACUAAAGCCCGCGUCCAACCUGUUUCAGAACGGCACCAUGAUGGACUUGUACGUGUACUUAUCUGAGGACGAGAAAUUCUCCAAUUUCAGCGACUCGACGAAGUUGGUGUGGCUCCAAGAGGAGCUUGUGUAUGGGGAUUGGAGUGCGGGUCAAGACGGGGAUGGAACUUUCGUGAAGCAAUUGGAGGUGCCGACUUCCAAUGCUGUGAGGAACAAUGGGAGCUUGUUUAUCCAUGCAUACUUCGUUCUCAGCGGAAAAUCGCCGGAUCCGAGCACCACGAAGCUUUACAGCCGGCGUUACACAGUGGGGAAAACCCAUCGAUUGAACAAGUUCAAGCGCAAGAAGCACGUGAUGACUCAAAACCUUCUCACUGGACAAACAGCUGCUUCUGCUGACGAGACUCGCUACGCUCAGAAUCCCAAAGGCGAGAUCGUG